GCGCUCUCAGGCUUGGCUGUGUAUUUUGACAGCUUGGCGAGUGAGGAGGCUCUGACUCAGGAGCGCUUUCACUUUCUCUUGCGUUUCCGAGAACACUCGCUGUGAGCCUGGGGUUGACUCACGCCAAAUCUUUUAGCCAGAAGCCCCUGCAGCACGGUACCAUGAGCAAAAAGAAAAAGGAGUGGAGAGCGGAGAAAGACCGCUUGCUUAGCCUUGGACAGGAGGAAAGACGUCAAGAGUAUGGGGACAACUACAUGGCUUUGGACAAGAUUCCCACCUGGAGGCAUCACCACAGUAGAGGGCCAGAGGAAGAGGAGGAAAACCCUGUCUCAUUGUGUGACAAAGUCUCUCUGCACAAGGGUGACAUUACUAUCUUGGAAGUGGAUGCCAUCGUGAAUGCUGCAAACUCCAGUCUCCUCGGUGGCGGCGGAGUGGACGGCUGCAUACACAGAGCAGCAGGACAUUACCUGUAUGAAGAGUGCCACUCACUAAAUGGCUGCGAGACGGGCAAAGCCAAGAUCACCUGCGGCUACGACCUUCCUGCCAAGUAUGUGAUCCACACUGUUGGCCCCAUUGCUAGAGGAAACGUGGGCCUGAUCCAAAGAGAAGAUCUUGCAUCCUGCUACAAGAGUUCCCUGAAGCUGGUCAAGGACAAUAAUUUGCGCUCUGUGGCCUUUCCGUGCAUAUCGACAGGAAUUUAUGGUUUUCCCAACGAGCCGGCUGCUGACAUCGCCCUGAAGUCCGUGAGAGACUGGCUGAAGGAGAACAAGGACAAGAUCGACCGCAUCAUAUUUUGCGUCUUCUUGGAGAAUGACUAUGGGAUUUACAACAGGAAGAUGUCAGACUACUUCCCUCGAGAUAAUGAAGAAUGUGAGGAGGGGAAUGUGGCCGACAUGGAGGAUGAUGCUAAUAAAACUGAUAUUGAUGAUGUUCAGAUGGACAGCCAGGGAGGCCAAGAUGUUGAUAUGCUGAGCCAGGGAGCCAUGGAUGUGGACCAUCUUGACACACCAAGCCAGCAACCAGAAACCUGCUUUUCAGCUGCUGAAGAUUCUGCAAAGGAAAUAACUACGGAAAGAAGUGACCCUGUGGAUGAUGAGAAGUCAGCAGGAGAGAGCCAAACCAAGCAAGAGAAAGAAAAGCAUGAUGAAAAGAAAGACGAUUCAGAGGAAGGCACUGAUCGUGCUGGGGUCAAGAAGGAGAAGCAUACCGGAGAGGAGACUGAGAAUACCCCUGCUGAUACAAAACAAGAAGAUGAGGAAGACCAAGUAACAAGCAUGAACAACAAGGAAGCAGACAGUCAAGGAUUAGUGGGGACAGUGGAGGUAGAGGGUGAAGUGAAACAUCAGGAUAAAAGCCCUUCAGAAACAAACCAAGCAACUCCAACAGACAGCAGUCAUUCCAAAGAUGGCUCCAGUGAUAAGAGUGAGCCGAGUAAGGAGUGAGAAGACAAUCAGCCUCGUAGUUACACGCACCGGCAAACUGUGCGAAGGUGAACAUGACACCACACGGUGGAGUCUCCUGAAAAAAACCCACGGAGAGGAUCUGUCCACCGCCAUCCUCCUUCCUUUGUUCUUUUCCUUUCUUUUCCUCAUUUAAUUCAGAAUUUAAUGAAACAUAUAUUAGAGAGACACACAUGAACAUAUCGAAGAAUCUAAAGGGUUACGGGGUGAUACUUUACCUCACUGAAUUGCUGCUUGAUCAUUUCCAUUCUCCAGGUUUCCUGGUGCUGGAUCUGAACAGGUGUUUAAAUAAAAAAGUUAGUACUCUGGGUUAGAUGGGUUCUUAAUUUAUGCUUCUAAAGAAUAUAUUCUGAUUGACUGAUGCUUUGCACAAGGUCUGCUGUAACACCUGCACCUUUCUAUCAAUUACAGAUGUUUGGGUUUGUUUGUUUUUUCCUUUAAUACUUCAUGCUAAAAGUGACAUGUCAGUAUGAAUGUCCAUGUCUGCAUAUGGCCAUAUGUAUGAAUAUGCAAGCCAAUGAUGAAAUUAAACACUUGGCAUUAAUACAGUAAGUGCUUAGUGAAAUGGGAAAAAAAUAUCAGAUGCAUUUUAGUGCUUGGAUUCCACAUGCAAUUAAUAUAGAUAAAAUAAAACUGAUAUGAACUAUAAAUAUAGAAAAUAUAUGAAAUAAAAUAAUUAAACAGUAUGCAAAAUAAUAUGGAUUUCCAAAUUCUAUAUAUUCUUUAUGUGGACAAUUUAAUUUGAAUGCUGAACAUGGAAAGGAGACCUCAUAGAAAGUUUUUUUUUUCUUUUCCUUUUUUAUAUACUGGCCUGAUAAAACAGUCAAACCAGGGUAGUUUAAACUAAAUAAGAAAACUACAGCAUAUCUUUGUUUGCAAGUAAUUUUUUUUUCUUUCAAAUGAUGUUAACAGGUCUAUACAGUAAUGCAUCACUACACAUGUCGGAGAGGUUCACAUGUUUUCCUAUAUUGUGUUUCAAAGACCAUGCCACAUUAUAGAAACCUCUCCUACAUCUCUUUUUAUGUCCACGUUUGACAGUUUCUUCUAAUCUUGCUCACUGAUGCCUCACACUGAUGAUUUGUUUUUGUGGAAUUCGUUAACAUGAAUGUGUCUCGGUUUUUCCCUAAUGCAUGCAAACGGGUUUCUUUGUGGCUCUUUCUUUCUUUCUUUCUUUCUUUCUUUCUUUCUUUCUUUCUUUCUUUCUUUCUUUCUAAACAGAGCACGCACUCAAUAUUUUUUACUAAACUAUGUGUUCAAAAGAAAAACAGCCUUAUUUGACAGGACGUGCAACAUGAUCACAAAAACGAUGGCAGUGCAACAUGCAAGAAAGAUAUAUAAGCUGAUGAGUCGUAUUAAAAAUAUGUUUCUUUUUUUUUCUUGGGUUCAAGGUGAAAAUUAAAAAAAAAAUCUAUAUUUCAUUUAUUUUGUUGGAAGAUUUGAUUAAUUACUUGAAGUGGUGCCAUAAUUACAUCAGAUGACUUUAUGCCUUCAUAAAUCAAUGUUUGCUUUGCUUUACAACUAUGAAAUAAAGUUGAAAAAGGUUCUUUCCA